AUGGCACCAUUUGAAGCACAAUAUGGAAAGAAGUGCCGAAUACCCUUGUAUUGGGAUGAGGUAGGUGAACGGCAAAUCCUUGGCCCCGAGCUGAUCCAGGCGACAUGUGAGAAGGUGAACUUAAUUCGUGAACAAAUCAGGGCAGCCCAAUCUAAACAGAAGGGUUAUGCCGAUUUGAGGCGAAAGGAUUUGGAAUUUACAGUCGGUGACAAGGUGUUUCUCAAGGUGUCACCUACUAAAGGGGUGAUGCGUUUUAGCAAGAAGGGUAAGCUGAGUCCGAGGUUUAUCGGACCAUAUGAGAUCUUGGCACGAAUCGGACCAAUGGCUUAUCGGUUAGCUCUCCCUCCAUCCUUGGAAGGGGUACAUGACGUAUUCCAUGUGUCAAUGUUACAGAAGUACGUUCAUGACCCAAGUCAUGUUCUAUCACAAAAACCACCAGAGCUUGCAGCCGAUAUGUCUUACAAGGAGCAGCCUGAAAGGAUUCUAGACAGUAAGAUUAUUCACCUUCGUAAUCGACCUAUCCACUAUGUGAAGGUGAAAUGGUGCAAUCACCCGGAAGAAGAAGCAUCUUGGGAAGCUGAAGUUGAGAUGUGGGAAAAGUACCCUUCUCUGGGUUACCUACAGGAGGGUGCUGCCAUAUAUGCCAGUGAGUUGUUCACAAUGGUGGUCAAACCAAGCUACAAGAUUGUUGACUUCGACACGGGUGAUGUUUUGGUGGAAAUCUCUGUGACUCUUUCUCUUGGAUAUAUUUUGCUCGGUGUUGCUGACGUGCAGUCGGUGACUUCGAUCUAUGAAGUUGAUUAG